AUGACUACUGAGCGCUUCACAACCAUGUCCACAAACAUACUCGGGCGCAUUGACGAGCUGGGCGCGCGUAUCGAUGACCUUGAGAAGCAGAUUGAGGACAUGGUUCAAGGCAGUGGUGAGGAUGAUGAUCUGAUCAGGAAGGACACGCUGCAAUGA